AAUACAAUGAAAUACAUUAGAGUUAACGUAAUGUAUGGAUGAACAGACACGCUGUUAGUGUUGAAAAUGGCAGUCAAUAUGUCAGUCAGUCGGCGACCAAAACAAGAACUUCCGGACGACUUGUCGACAGUCGAGUUCGAGACCAGUGAAGACGUGGAAGUGAUUCCCAGCUUUGACUCAUUAAGUCUUCGCGAAGACCUCUUAAGAGGCAUUUAUUCUUAUGGUUUUGAGAAGCCGUCGGCAAUACAACAGAGGGCUAUUCGGCCAAUCAUUAAGGGUCGCGAUGUCAUAGCACAGGCACAGUCAGGAACCGGAAAAACAGCCACUUUUGCUAUCGGGAUAUUGCAGACCAUUGACACACAGAUACGUGAAACACAAGUUUUGGUGUUGAGUCCGACCCGAGAACUGGCCACUCAAAUACAGAAAGUUAUUCUCGCUUUGGGUGAUUAUAUGAAUGUCAUGUGUCACGCCUGUAUAGGCGGAACUAAUUUGGGUGAAGAUAUACGUAAACUCGAUUUUGGUCAACACGUAGUAUCGGGAACUCCCGGUCGUGUGUUUGAUAUGAUUCGGCGCAGAAAUUUGAGGACACGAUCUAUAAAAAUGCUGGUUAUGGACGAAGCGGACGAAAUGCUUAAUAAAGGAUUUAAAGAACAGAUUUAUGAUGUCUACCGAUAUCUUCCACCUUAUACUCAGGUGUGUCUCAUAUCGGCUACACUUCCGCACGAAAUUUUAGAGAUGACGUCAAAGUUUAUGACAGACCCGAUCAGGAUAUUAGUUAAAAGAGAUGAGUUAACUCUUGAAGGCAUUAAACAAUUUUUCGUUGCCGUUGAAAGAGAAGAGUGGAAGUUUGACACACUUUGUGAUCUUUACGAUACACUGACUAUCACUCAGGCAGUAAUCUUCUGCAAUACUAAACGUAAAGUUGAUUGGCUGACGGAAAAGAUGAGAGAAUCUAAUUUUACUGUAUCUUCAAUGCACGGAGAUAUGCCUCAAAAGGAAAGGGAUACUAUUAUGAAGGAGUUCCGAUCCGGACAAAGCCGAGUCCUUAUAACCACUGAUGUCUGGGCGCGUGGUAUUGAUGUACAACAGGUCUCACUUGUCAUUAACUAUGACUUACCUAAUAAUCGGGAACUUUAUAUUCAUCGAAUCGGACGUUCCGGUCGUUUUGGUCGUAAAGGUGUUGCCAUUAAUUUUGUAAAGAAUGACGACAUUAGGAUUUUGAGAGAUAUCGAGCAAUACUAUAGCACACAGAUUGACGAAAUGCCAAUGAAUGUCGCGGAUCUCAUAUAAGUGAUUGGAAAAUGUCUUUAAAAUCAAUUAUCUAUUUAUCACAAAUGUAUCAUUACUUUAAU